ACUGUAAAGACAAAGAACCCUAAGUGAAGGGAGCAUAAGUAACUUGUUCUCUGUCACACAGACACUAAGUGGCCAAGCCAGGAUUGGGAGCUGGCCCUCCUGUCUGCCCCCAGAGCCUGUGCUCCUGACCAGGAUGGAGAACCUGCCUCAGGCUGGAUGAGGGGCAGCCCCCACACCCAGCCUGCUGAUCUCCCCACUGAAUUCAGGUCUCCUGACGGACGCUGCUCUCAGUUUCCAGCUCUACCCUUUCCAUGUCCCUAAGGCUGACAUCGCCACCUCUGCUUUCCACUCAGAAAGGCUGGAGGAGCUGGGCACUCGAGGGACCAGAGGGGCUACAGUGAGCAGCAGAGCCAGCGAGUCUUGCCUAAGACCCCAUCUUACCAUUCCCUGGUUGGGGAAACUGAAGCUCUUGGAGAGUGAGGCAACAUAAUCCCGACCACGUGAGACAGAGAGGAACAGAAUCCACUCUUCCGGCCGGGCCGUGGUUCAGCAUGAGCCGAAGAGAUGGGGCUUGGCUCUAAGAGGGGCAGAGACCAGAAAGGGUGAGGUUUGAGAGCCACUCACUGGGGAGAAUCUGCAAGACCUGAGGCCUGGCCGACCCUAAAGGGAAAGACAAGCGGCAUCAAAGAGCUCACAGAAGGCAGGGAAGGCUGAGGAUCUUUAUGCUUCUUCCCUGGCUCCCCUAGAAUGGAUGUGUGUGGCUGGAAAGAAAUGGAGGUUGCGCUGGUCGAUUUUGAUAAUUCAGAUGAAAUCCAAGAAGAGCCAGGCUAUGCCACAGACUUCGACUCAACCAGCCCAAAAGGCCGGCCUGGGGGCAACUCCUUCUCCAACUGGAAGAUCCUCAUCAGCGAAAGCACCAACCAUGAGACAGCCUUCUCCAAGCUUCUGGGAGACUAUGCUGACCCCCCAGGGCCUGAGCCAGUGGUCCUAAAUGAAGGAAACCAGCGGGUGAUCAUCAACAUUGCUGGGCUGAGAUUUGAGACCCAGCUCAGAACCCUCAGUCAGUUCCCAGAUACUCUACUGGGAGACCGGGAGAAAAGGAUGCAGUUCUUUGACUCCAUGAGAAAUGAGUAUUUCUUUGAUCGGAACCGGCCCAGUUUUGAUGGAAUCCUAUAUUAUUACCAAUCUGGUGGGAAAAUUCGGCGCCCAGCCAACGUUCCUAUUGAUAUCUUUGCUGAUGAAAUCUCCUUCUAUGAGCUGGGUAGUGAGGCCAUGGACCAGUUCCGGGAGGAUGAAGGCUUCAUCAAAGACCCUGAAACACUGCUACCCACCAAUGACAUCCACCGUCAGUUCUGGCUCCUCUUUGAGUACCCUGAGAGUUCCAGCGCUGCCCGUGCUGUGGCCGUGGUCUCGGUGUUGGUUGUGGUCAUCUCCAUCACCAUCUUCUGCCUGGAGACACUGCCAGAGUUCCGGGAGGAUAGGGAGCUGAAGGUGGUCAGAGACCCCAAUCUCAACAUGAGCAAGACAGUCCUCUCCCAGACCAUGUUCACUGACCCUUUCUUCAUGGUGGAGUCUACCUGCAUCGUGUGGUUCACCUUCGAGCUGGUGCUCCGGUUUGUGGUCUGCCCCAGCAAGACUGACUUCUUCAGGAACAUCAUGAACAUCAUUGACAUCAUCUCCAUUAUCCCCUACUUUGCAACUCUCAUCACAGAGCUAGUCCAGGAGACAGAGCCGAGUGCCCAACAGAACAUGUCCCUGGCCAUCCUGAGGAUCAUCCGCCUGGUGAGGGUCUUCCGCAUCUUCAAGCUCUCGCGCCACUCCAAGGGGCUGCAGAUCCUCGGGCAAACGCUGAAGGCGUCCAUGCGGGAGUUGGGGUUGCUCAUCUUCUUUCUCUUCAUUGGAGUCAUCCUCUUCUCCAGUGCAGUCUACUUUGCUGAGGUGGAUGAGCCAGAGUCCCAUUUCUCUAGCAUUCCUGAUGGCUUCUGGUGGGCAGUGGUCACCAUGACAACUGUAGGCUAUGGGGACAUGUGCCCGACCACCCCAGGGGGGAAGAUUGUGGGCACUCUGUGUGCCAUUGCAGGGGUCCUCACCAUUGCCCUCCCUGUGCCUGUCAUUGUCUCCAACUUCAAUUACUUCUACCACCGGGAGACUGAGAAUGAGGAAAAGCAGAACAUCCCAGGAGAAAUUGAAAGAAUCCUCAACAGUGUAGGCUCAAGAAUGGGCAGCACAGACUCUCUUAAUAAGACCAAUGGUGGCUGUUCCACAGAGAAGUCUAGGAAGUGAUCAGUCCAGGGCUUCUUGGGUCCAUCCUGUCUCUCUUCUCUCUUCUCUCUUCUCUCUUCUCUCUUCUCUCUCUCUCUCUGUCUCUCGCUUUCUCCCCUCCUCUCUCUCUUCCUUCUGCCUUCCCUUCCUCCCUUCAUUCCUUCCUCUUUCCCUCUCCCGUCUCUCACUUCAUCUUUCCAAAGAUCAAAAUGUAUCUUUUGUGAUCAAUAACUAUCUUUGACUACAAGCUAUUUUAAUAAGCCCAUACUUCUACUGUAUUUUCUAAACUGUUUAUUUUCAAUACAUUAUAGAAAGAUUUGGAUCUCUUUUCCUAUGAAGGGAUAGUUCAGGUCACCAGACCAGAAAUACUGGUAUCACCCGGGAGCAUGAAAAUGCAGAAUCUAGGCCUACUCUGACCUACUGAAUCAGAAUCUGCAGUUUAACAAGAUCCCAAGUGAUUCGUUUGCAUAUUAAAGAUUUAAAAGCACUGGUUUUGGUCUUCCUACGAGGAAGCACAUGAAAAGACCAAGGGUUGCUGUGAGCAAAGAGGAAGAGCUCAGAGUUAUUCAGUUACAAUAAUAAUAAUACCUUGUACUUGUGUAGCACUGCAUAAAUUUUCCAAAACACUUUCA